AUGCCCCCCGAAUGCAUCCUUCCAGACUUCACCAAUGGCUUGACUCAUCAGGAAGCUUCCUCCUAUCGCCGUAGUUUUUUUGCUUGGAUCGGCUUCCCUGGUCGGAUCGGCUUCCCUGAUCGGAUCGGCUUCCCUGGUCGGAUCGGCUUCCCUGGUCGGAUCGGCUUCCCUGGUCGGAUCGGCUUCCCUGGUCGGAUCGGCUUCCCUGGUCGGAUCGGCUUCCCUGGUCCUGAAGAAUUUCCGGAGCUGACUGCGCAAAACAGACUCGGUAUACGUAGCAUAGGGGGUAUACAGGGUAUGCACAGGAUUGGGGGCAGUCCUGUCGGGUAA